AUGAUAUAUUUGUGUAAAAGAUUAUUACGUUGUACAUUAUUUGUUUCUUUUUUGUAUAUACAUUUUUUUCGUUUGAAAGAAAAUAUUUUUUGUCAUGUGAAGGUGAGACAUAGAAUUCUUGAAAGUAUAAAUAAGGAUUUAUCAUCAGAAGGUGACAAUUUACAUAUUUAUCAGAAGAGGAAUGUAAAUGUUGAGACAUUUAUUAAAAAAAAAGAAAAAAAGAAUUUAUCAGAUAAUAAUAUUAAUGAUAAAAUAAAUAAUAAUAAUAUAAUAGGAGAAACAAAAUAUUAUCGUACUACAAAUGAAAAAAAGGAAAGUAUUUUUUUAAAAUUUUUUAGAUCUAUUAAAAAUUUGUUUACCCUUAAAUCUUCGAAUAAUUUAAAAAAGACAAAUAUAAAUUAUGAACAUAUAUAUGAAGACAAUGAAUUUUCAAAAUAUAUAUUAGAAAAUAAUAUAUCCAUAGAAACUACCAAAGUGUGUUUAAUCGGAUCAGGGGUUGAUGAUACUACUGAUGGUUUGAUAAAAAAAUUUUUGUUAUUAAAUGAUAAGGUAAAUUAUAAUAUGAAUGAUAAACAUGAUAAUUCUUUGAGUGAUAAAAUAAACAGUAUAAUUUCUUCUUUUAAAUAUUAUUCAGAAGAAAUAAUUCAAGAACCAAACGAAAUAAAAAAACAAAUAUGUAACAAAAAAAAAAAUUGUAAAGAAUCUAAUUUGAACUAUGAAAAUAAUCAUGAUAUACUCAUUGGUAAUAUUAUUAUUCAAGGAGAUAUAUUAAAAAAUGAAAAAAUAAUUAUUAACAUGAACAGACAAUUUGUUGUAUGUAAAUCGUUUGGAAGUAACAACCAAACAAAUAAAAAAAUAAAUAAAUCUACAUCAAUACAACAUGUUAUUAAGUGUCUAGAUUAUUGUACAAUGGAAGGUGUUCAAUUUAUUUAUAUUAGUUAUAAUAUAUAUGAAGAAAAUAAUAAAUUAAUAGAAAUUAUGAAGAAAUUGAGAGAAAUUAAAAUAAUAAUUGAAACACCAUCCAAAAAAAUUAAGAAUCAUAUGAAUAAAAAUAAUAAAAAUAAUAAAAAUAAUGAUAUAUAUCAAUAUGAAAGAAUCCCAAAUGACGAAGGACAAAAAUCAUAUUCCUCUUUAAAUCUAAACGUUGAGAAAAUUUUUUCAAUUUUUGGUUUGUUAUAUGCAGAUCAUAAUAGGCAGAAUGAAAAAAAAAAUUAUAUAUAUGAUAAUGAAAUAAAAAUAUUAAAUGAUAAAGGAAAUAAAAAAUUAAAUAGAAAAGAUAUAUCUCUAUUUUAUUUUUCUUAUAAUACAGAUAUAUAUGAAAAAGUCCUAUCUGAUAUUAUAGAUGAUGAUCACGUUGUUGUAUCUGCAACUUUUUUUUUUAAUUCCUUAGUGCUUAUGCAUAGUAUCAAUUUAAAUCUGUCUCUAGAAAAAUUACGAAGAAUAUUAAAUAAAUCAAUAUUAAAAAGAGAAGAAUUGAGACAUUUGUCUAACAAGACAUAUAACCUUGAUUUUAUGAAUAUAUUUGAAGAUUCUGCAGAAGAAAGAAAACGAUCCUACAAGAUAUUUUACUUGGAGUUAAAAAAUAAAGAACACAAAAAAUUAUUAAAUGACGCAAAUAUAAAAUAUAUGUAUCAAGAUAAUAUACCCGUCAAAUAUAAAGUAGAGGAACAACAUGUAAAGAAAGAAACAGUUGUGGAUGAAGAUAUAUAUAAAAAAAAAAAUAAAAUGAUAAAUAAAAAUAGAAAUACACAUAUGGAAGAUGAGAAAGAUACAUACAUAAAAAAAAAAGAAUCUGAUGAAUAUAAAACUUAUCCGUGUAAGAAAAAAAAACAAUUCCUUUUGAAUGAUAUGCUUAAUCAUAAACCGUAUGUCUCUUUUUUGGACAUGUCUUAUAAUGAAGAUAUGCAAAAAAGAAAUUAUAACAGAUAUGAUGACAAAUCUUAUAUAUUUGAUCAAGAUGGAUAUGUAAAAGACAUAACAUAUGAAGAUAAUUAUUAUAGUGAUGAUAAUGAUAUACAUAUAAGGAAGAAAAGAAAAUUUUCACAUGACAAACAGGUCAACAAUGAUUAUCAUAUAUAUGAUGAGAGUGAUAAUACGUUUCAUUCACAUUUAGAUAAUCACACAAAUGACGAGAAUGCAAAUGUUUAUAUGGAUACACAAAAGGAUUCAGAGACCCGAUUUUUAUAUGAUCCUUUUUCUAUCAUAGACAAUAGGGAUCUAGACACACUAGAAGCACUAUCCGAGUUAGAAAAAAAAAAAAAUAAUAAUUUUUCUUCAAGCAAUAAUGAGAAUUCAUCGAAUAUAAAAAGAAGAAGGCAAGGAAAGAAAAAAAAAUUGAAAAGGGUAAUAAUGCGCUCUAAAUAUGAUAAGUUAGUCGAGCUAGAAAGAAGAAGAAAAGGAAAAAAAAAAAAAAAUAUAUCAACAAAAAGAAGAAAGAUACAUAAAAAUAAAAUAAAUAAUAGAAGAAAUAAGAACAGAAAAAAUAAUGGGGUGGAAAAAAGGAGAAAUAAACAAGUUGACAGAAAUAUAUCAAGUGGUGGUGCGAACGCUAAAAUAAGUGGAACCCACGGAUCUCCAAAGAUAAAAUUUAAACGAUAA